UGAGAAGAAAAAAGUACAUCAAGCAUUGCGGGCAUGUUUGUUUAUCCUUCCUGCCUGUUUCUCUCCUGUGCAGCCGUGCCAUUUCCAACUUUUGCAUCAAAACACGGAGGAGGAAAUACGUCAAAGAAGUGCGGUUGCAUUUGCAGACCCCUCUCACGAGAAAACGCUUUUCUAAACACAAACGUACCCUUUUGUUGACUACGCUUUCCUUCAGAGAAGGCGGAAUCACUGGGGAAAUGCAGCUAAGAGCGGAUUAGAUAGGAGGGGAGCAGAGCAGAGAACACUCCUGCACUCUUCUCCUUCCCGCUGCUGCUUUUCUCUCGCCCUCGCCUGCAGCGCGUCGCGAUGAACACAGCCAUGGCCACCACAUCCUUAUCCCUCCAUGGCCGCCCUUCCCAGGCCCCCACAAAGAAGCUCUCCUCCCCGUUUCUUGGCGCCCCCGCUUCUUUCCUCCGGUCGCUGGCGCCCGCGCCCACCGCCGGCCCCUCCCGGCGGACGCUGGCUGUCAGGGCCAUGGCGCCCCCCAAGCCUGGAGGCAAGCCCAAGAAAGUGGUGGGCCUGAUAAAGCUGGCCCUGGAGGCCGGCAAGGCGACGCCGGCGCCGCCCGUCGGCCCGGCGCUUGGUGCCAAGGGUGUGAACAUCAUGGCGUUCUGCAAGGAGUACAAUGCCAAGACUGCCGACAAAGCCGGCUACAUCAUUCCCGUCGAGAUCACCGUGUUUGAUGAUAAGAGCUUUACCUUCAUCUUGAAGACCCCACCGGCAUCAGUCCUGCUACUCAAGGCUGCAGGUAUCGAAAAAGGUUCAAAAGAGCCACAGCGAGAAAAGGUUGGAAAAGUAACAGCAGAUCAGGUACGCGCAAUAGCUCAGGAGAAGUUGCCGGACUUGAACUGCAAGAGCAUCGACUCCGCUAUGAGGAUCAUCGCUGGCACUGCCGCUAACAUGGGCAUAGACGUUGAUCCUCCAAUCCUUGAGAAGAAGGAAAAAGUCCUCUUGUAGUCUGUUUUACUGGCACCCGCAGAUCAUCUUACCAAUGGGCAUCUGUAGAAUGCUUUCCUUUUUGUUCGUCAAUUCGCUGUGCCUAUUUGGAGUUCCCUUCUGGUGUCAGUUUCUUAUAGUCCUGUUCACCAAUCCAACUAUUUGGUGUAGAGCUUCAAGAUUUUCUUGCGAAAUUCUUAUUAUAUAUCACAUCUGUGAAGGGGUAUUACAGUUC